UUGCAGAUUACUGUUUAUGAUCAAGAAAACUUCCAAGGCAAAAGGAUGGAAUUUACAGCAUCCUGCAAGAACAUCAUGGAGUGUGGUUUUGACAAUAUUCGAUCUAUCAAAGUCGACUGCGGAGCGUGGGCUGGUUAUGAACAUUCUAGCUUCUUUGGGCAACAAUUUAUCCUGGAGAAAGGAGAGUAUCCCCGCUGGGAUGCCUGGAGUGGCAGCAACGCCUACCACACCGAGAGGCUUAUGUCCUUCCGCCCCAUUUGCUCUGCUCACCAUAAAGAGUCCAAAAUAGUCAUUUUUGAGAAGGAAAACUUCAUUGGUAGACAGUGGGAGAUGUGUGAUGAUUAUCCCUCUUUGCAAGCCAUGGGCUGGUGCAACAAUGAAGUUGGAUCCAUGAAGAUUCAAACUGGCGCAUGGGUGUGCUAUCAGUACCCAGGAUACCGUGGCUUCCAGUACAUUAUGGAAUGUGAUCGCCAUGCUGGAGAAUACAAGCAUUGGAGAGAAUGGGGAUCUCAUGCCCAGACCUGCCAGAUCCAGUCACUCCGCCGCAUUCAAGAGUAA